CGCAUGUUCAGUUGUAUAUCGCCCGUUAWGGAGGACUGCGGAGUUUAGCUAGCUCAUGUUCAACAGCACCACCGACGACCAUAUAGCUUAAUCAUGGUGAAUGUAAAGAAGCGGAAAGGUCGAGUCGUUAUCGACUCUGACUCUGAAGACAGUGCUAGUGAUGAUAAUUUAGAUCAGGAGCUUCUGUCUCUGGCCACCAAGAGGAAGAGGGUGGACUCGGAUGACCAGCAGGAUAACCAGCAGGAUGACCAGCCAGUCAGCAAGCCUGCAGCCUCAUCAGACUCGGAGACAUCAGACAGUGAUGAUGAGUGGACCGCCGGGGGUCCUAAAGUCAAGAAGAAAGUUAAGCCAGGGAAACCGACAACAACAGAGAAGAAGAAAGAGGCGGCGAAGAAGAAGAGAGUUCAUAAAGCUGCAGCGUCCGGUAGUUCUGGUGGAGACAGUUCAGCUGACAGUUCUGCCCCCGAGGAGGGUGAGGUGUCUGACUCCGAGAGCAACACCUCUGCCUCCAGCUCAGACUCCUCGUCGGAGGACGAUGUGUUCAGGGACGGCUACGGAGAGGACCUGAUGGGAGACGAGGAGGACAGGGCUCGGCUGGAGCAGAUGACUGAGAAGGAGAGGGAGCAGGAGCUCUUCAACAGGAUAGAGAAGAGGGAGGUGCUCAAGAGGAGAUUUGAAAUAAAAAAGAAACUGAAGACGGCGAAGAAGAAGGAGAAAGAGGAGAAGAAGAAGAAGGACGAGGAAGAACAGAAAAAGAGAUCAUCCGUGAUGUCCCACAACAAGGAGAGGAGAACUAAACGGGAUGAGAAGCUAGAUAAAAAGUCUCAGGCCAUGGAGGAACUGAAAGCGGAGAGAGAGAAGAAGAAAACCAGGACAGCGGAGCUCCUGGCGAAACGGCAGCCCCUGAAGACCAGCGAGGUGUACUCCGACGAUGAGGAGGAGGAAGAGGAGGAGGAUGAUGACAAAUCCUCAGUAAAGAGCGAUCGCAGUUCACGCUCUUCAUCUUAUUCCGAAGACGACGAGAAAGGGGAGACGCCACCAAAAUCUCAGCCCGUGUCACUGCCAGACGAGCUGAACCGGAUCCGUCUGUCCCGACACAAACUGGAGCGCUGGUGUCACAUGCCGUUCUUCCAGAAGACCGUCAGCGGCUGCUUCGUACGGAUCGGCAUCGGGAACAGUAGUAGCAAACCAGUUUACAGGGUAACGACAGGCUGCUUCGUACGGAUAGGCAUCGGGAACAGUAGUAGCAAACCAGUUUACAGGGUAACGACAGGCUGCUUCGUACGGAUAGGCAUCGGGAACAGUAGUACAAAACCAGUUUACAGGUCUGCUGACGGUUUCUCUGUGCUGACGGUUUCUCUGUGCCCUGUCCCCAUAUCUCUCUCCUCUAGGCAUGGUGGUGACACCCGAGUCUUCAGACUGGAGUUUGUGUCCAAUCAGGAGUUCACAGAAAACGAGUUCAUGAAGUGGAAGGAGGCGAUGAUCAUAGCCAGUAUGCAGGUUCCCACUCUAGAUGAGAUCAAUAAGAAGGAGCAGGCCAUCAAAGAGGCUUGUAACCACAAAUUCAACGACAAAGACAUCGAGGAUGUAAAUCGUUAAAAGAGAAAGACCGAUUCGAAAGCGCCCUUCCACUACGCCAUGAAGAAAACAUCACUACUCAAAGAUAAGGCGGCGAGGGAGUGGGGGGCCGAGCCGAGAUCAGGACCCAGCUUGAGAUGAUUGGAGGAGAGGGCCGAGCAUCUGGACAGACAGAGGACCAAAAACAUCUCUGCCAUCAGCUACAUCAACCAGAGGAAUCGUAGCUGGAACAUUGUGGAGUCUGAGAAGGCUCUUGUCGCUGAAGGACAGAAUGCCAAGCUGCAGAUGGACCCGUUUACUAGACGGCAAUGCAAACCGACCAUGGUGUCUAACGCCAGAGACCCUUCAGUCCAUGCAGCUAUCCUCCAGCACCUCAACGAGAAGUACGGAGAAGGGUCGGGCAAAGAGAUGGACUUGGAGUUUGAGAUGGGCAGGGGAGCGGGGCAGGCUGCUCUGAAAGUCAUCGACCCGACUAAGAACACCAGCGACCUAUCAGAGGACCUCUUUAAAGUUCACGACUUUGACGUCAAGAUCGACCUACAGGUUCCCAAUGCAGAAGCCAAGUCUCUGUCGGUGAGCGCUAACACCUUGGCAGUAAAGGACGGUGCUCCACGCAGAUCUCUCAACCUGGAGGACUACAAGAAGAGGAGGGGCUUGAUCUAAUGAACUACAGGAAUAUGGGCGUGGUCUAAUGAACUACAGGAAGAGGAGGGGCCGUGGUCUAAUGAACUACAGGAAGAGGAAGGGGGGCCUGGUCUAAUGAUCUAAUAGCCUAACCCCUCAGUCAGUCAGAACCACCUGCAUGUGUUGGUUGGCAAUUCUACCCCUGUGUGUGUGUGUGUGUGUGUGUGUGUGUGUGUGUGAGUGAGAGUAAGUGUGUGUGAGGUGUAAGUGUGAGAGGGGACACUAGAGACUGUCCAUUUUAAAACUGAUAGGAUAUAUUAAGAGAAGACCCCUCAGUCAGUCAGAACCACCAUUUUAAAACUGAUAGGAUAUAUUAAGAGAAGACUACUUUUUUUUUUUCCAAGUUUCUCUCUUAGAAGAAAGUUGUCCACCUUUUUUAUUUUUGCGUUAUUAUGUGCAAAGUCGUACUUCAAAUGUUUUUAUUUUUUAUUAUUAGUUAUUUCUAUGUUUUUAUAAAUAAAUCUUACGUUGGUUCUCCCUCAUAUGGAUCUGAAGUUCACUCCUUUGGUGUCCAGGGCACAAUGCUUGUGAAAGGACACUGUCUUGUAAGACAGAUUGUUGAAAUACUGUUAUCUGAUUUCCCCAUCAACAACAGACUGGAUUUCUUUCGUACCUGAUUUCAGAGCAGUUCCACCUGCAUGGUUCACUAGAGGUUAUAGGGUGAAGUUGCCUCUAGACGCUGAUCUUGGGUCAACCACUAACGUUUGAGGUUAGGAUUUUGGGGGAGGAGAAACUGAUUCUAGAUCUGUAGCUAAGUGGGAAACUUCACCCCUGAGCCCUUUCCCUGUUCUCUCUUCUCACCCUCUUGUUCCCUGUCUCUCGGUCUCCUUCCCUGUCCCUUUUUUAGACUGCAUAGCCCGUUAUCUACUUACUGGACAGUACAUGUCACUUUUUUUUCUCAAGUCUAUCAAAAAAAGAAACAGAUUAAUCUAUCAAUUUACACAGAUCUUUUCUUUUAAUCUCUAGUUUUUUUUGUUUGUUGUUUACCUCCCAUUUUUCAGAGCAGAUUCUAAGUGUUAUCGAUUGUGUAUUUAGUCAGUUCCUGUAUUGAUGUGGCAUGCCAUGUGUAUAUAUUACAGUUUGGAGUGAGGCAGAAUAAAGAGCGGCAGUGUUUCGUA